AUUCCGAAUCCGAUCCAAAUCCCGACUAAGAUCGCUUCGAAUUUCCUUCAGUUUGGGUCCGAGGAAGAUGGUCUUGAAAAAUACGCGAGUGGAUACACAGUCGAUGUCACCGAAGAAGUGGUCGCUUUCGUUAGGGAUAUCGCGAUGCAUCCAGAAACUUGGCUCGAUUUUCCCAUUCCCGAUAAUGAUGAUUUUGAUGCAUCCUUUUAUUGUUUUGAAAUAUCAUAUUUUGAUAUGUCUGAUGAGCAACAAGAACAUGCCUUAGCUGUUGAACGUCUUGCACCAAGAUUGGCUGCUCUUAGGAUUGAACUUUGCCCAGGAUAUAUGAGUGAAGGUUGCUUUUGGAAGAUCUAUUUUGUACUUCUGCUUCCUCGACUAAAUAAACAUGAUGCAGAACUACUCUCGACUCCCCAAAUAGUUGAAGCAAGAGCAGCGUUAAUGCAAGGGAUACAGCACCCAGCAAAGGCUAAGGCUGCAGAAGAUCAUCCUGAAAGUGGCACUUCAAAUAUAGAGGCUGAUUUACCACAUGCAGAGUCUCUUUCUGUGCCUUAUUCCGCUCAAUCUAAGUCAGUUCCAUUCAAGGAAGCUGAAACUGAGGUAGCCACUACUUCUGUGGCUGUUGAAAUUUCAACAGAAAAGCACCCACUUCAGAGUACUGAGGUGCAGGUCGUUGACAAGUCUAUCAUUGAGGAAGAGCCAAUAAAAGAAGCCAAACAUCAACAUUCAACAUCCGGCUCUUCUGUAGUUUCUAUUGAGAAAUAUGAAGAUGAUGGUGAUGACUGGUUAAAAGAGGAAACUUCGGAGGCAGUUGGUACAAGUGCUACCACAGUACCUCUUGAUAAUGAUGAGGAUGUUCCAUUCAGUGAUCUUGAGGAGGAGGAGGAUGUGCCAAUAAGUUACAGAUAGGUGAUAUCUGGUUCUGAUUCUUCAAUGAAAGACUCAAGAGAUUGGGUUCAGCUGGGCAGGAGCUCUACGGACUCGGUUAAAGAUGUUAACUGUGUUGGUAAUGAACAUUUUGGGUCUGAGCAGGAACGUACUCGAAACCCCAAAACCAAGGAAUCAAAUGACUGGCUUGAUAUUGAAGAAAUCAUGUGAACCAAUAAGCUUUGCGAUAUCUGUAUUCUAGUUUCGUCUUCCUUAUAAUCUUGUUAAUACCUUGUGUA